AAAGAAAAAAUAUUCGAUGCUGCAUUGCAGGCACAGUGUGUCAGCAAGUUACGUCAAUAUGUACCUUAGGAUACAAGAAAAUAUAGAUAAGAAAUGAUUUCAUGGGGCAGAUACACUAUAUAAAGGCAAUCAAAAGUGACAAGAACUCAUUAGUCGAGACAAAUCAGCAAAAUGGUGUCAGAUUUUAGAAAGAAGAAGUUGUUGCACGUUUUCACCGCUUUCUUCGACACCAAUGGCAGCGGAACCAUUGAUAAAAAGGACUUUGAACUUGCCAUUGAAAGGAUAUCCAAAUCGAGAGGCUGGAGUGCUGGAGAUGCUCAGUACAAAGAAGUUCAAGACACGCUUUUGAAGGUCUGGGAUGGGUUGAGCAGCGCUGACACCGAUAACGACGGCCAAGUCUCCAAAGAAGAGUGGAUUUCCCUCUGGGAGAAGUUUUCCAGCAGCCCCAGUGACUGGCAGAAUUUAUACUGCAAGUUUAUAUUUCAACUUGAGGAUGCUAGUAAUGACGGGUCCAUCGACAGCGAGGAAUUCUCUUCGGUCUACGCAUCUUUUGGUCUAGACAAGGCUGAAGCUGCAUCAGCUUUUCAGAAGCUAUCCAAAGGCAAGUCAUCUGUCUCCUUCGCUGAAUUCCAGGAAUUGUUCAAAGAAUAUUUCGCUUCUGAGGAUGUGAACGCCCCUGGAAACUUUGUCUUCGGGAAGACCAGCUUCUGAAGUAUAGCGAACUGAUUGUGAUCUUAAUUAUGAUCUGUGUUUAGAAUUUGUUGGUCUCGUAUUUAAGUGUAUUGUUAUUAAUAAAAAAAUCAAUUGGAUCCAA